CAACCCCCACUUUCCUCCAUUUUCACACUUCUCAACACUCUCAUUCACGCAAUCAUCAUCUCCAUCUCCAUCUCCAUCUCUCUCUUCCCCCCCACCACACACGCAGAGAUCAAAAGCCCUCGCGACGAAACAAACGCUAACCUCUGCGAACGACGAGGCCUCCGCCACCGCGAUGGUCGACGUAGACCGCAGGAUGACCGGCCUCACCCCGGCCCACAUAGCCGGCCUCCGCCGCCUCUCUGCCCGAGCUGCCGCCGCCCCAUCCACCCCCGCCGCCUCCACCCGCAACGGCCUCUUCUCCUUCUCCUCCCUCGCCGACCAGGUCACCACCCACCUCCGCGGCUCCGGCGUCCAGGUCCAGCCCGGCCUCACCGACGCCGAGUUCGCCCUCACCGAGGCCGAGUUCGGCUUCACCUUCCCGCCCGACCUCCGCGCCGUGCUCUCCGCCGGCCUCCCCGUCGGCCCAGGGUUCCCCGACUGGCGCGCCUCCUGCUCGGCCCGGCUCCAGCUCCGCGCCUCCAUCGACCUCCCCAUUGCCGCCAUCACGUUCCAGAUAGCCCGCGACGCGCUCUGGCCCAAGUCGUGGGGCCCGAGACCGUCCGACCCGGAGAAGGUCCUCCGGGUCGCGAGGAAUGCCCUGAAGAAAGCGCCUCUCUUGAUCCCCAUUUUCAACCACUGCUAUAUUCCUUGCAACCCGCCGUUAGCCGGUAACCCGAUCUUCUUCGUCGACGAGAGCCGGAUCUUCCUGUGCGGGCUGGAUCUCUCCGAUUUCUUCGAGCGGCGGAGCUCCGAUUCCGAGCCGCGCACGCUCAGGAAGCAGCGAUCUCUGGGGGAGAAGAACUCGAAAUCGGCCGGCUCCCUGUCAGAGUUCUCGCGACGGAGCCUCGACGCCGGCGCGGGAGGGAGGACGCCGAGGUGGGUCGAGUUCUGGAGCGACGCGGCCGUCGACCGGCGGCGGAGGAACUCGUCGUCGUCCUCCUCCUCGUCGCCGGACAGGUACCCGGACAUGCCUAGAUCCGGGAUGCCGAAGUGGGUCGAGGAGUACGUGGAUCGGAUGGGGUCGGUCCUGAGGGAAGGCGGGUGGAGCGAGUCGGACGUGACGGAGAUCGUGGGGGUGUCGGCGUCGGGGUUCUUCGAGGACGGCGGGGUGAUGGUGUUGCUGGACAACCAGGCGGUGCGGGACGCGCUCCUGCUGAAGGCGGACCGGUUCUCGGACUCGCUCCGGAAGGCCGGGUGGAGCUCGGAGGAGGUGUCGGAGGCCCUCGGAUUCGACUUCCGGCGCCCGGAGAAGGAGAGGAGACCGGCGAAGAAGCUGUCCCCGGAGCUCGUGGAGAGGAUCGGGAAACUGGCCGAGUCGGUGUCCCGGUCGUAGCGCCACCGGGGGCCUCGGCUUCGAGAUUCUUUUUCCCUUUUUUUUUUUGGUUUUUGCAAAAAUUGAGAGGCCUCGGGCUUUGGGUUUUCUCUCUUUUGGGUUUAGAGAAGAAAAGAAUUCUAUAAUUACAAAGUGAAUACAAAAACACAUGGGGAAACGCGAGGAUGUACUACUAUACUAUGUGAGGAAAUUGUUCGGAAUUACGCGAUUGCCCUUGUU